UACUAGCUCGUAAUCAGGAUAUUGGAUAUUGGAUACCCUUUGUGUUGUAGAACUCAAGGCUGCAGUCUUUUGAUAUGUAUAUUAUGUUUACGUGGAUUUUACUUUUCAUUGGUUCCUCAUGUGUUUCUGCAGAAACACUACCAGUUAUUAUAUGGCAUGGAAUGGGUGAUCGUGGCACAGGACCUGGAAUUCAGAAGCUUGCAAAUCUAAUUAAGUUGUAUCUACCUGGGACAUAUGUUAAGUGCAUAACGACGAGUGACCUUGUUAUUGAAGAUAUUCGAGAUACAUAUUUCAUGCCGAUUAAUGAUCAGUUGGAUUAUGUUUGUCGUAUGUUACAUGAAGACAAAAACUUUUCCAAUGGUCUGCAUAUGAUUGGUCUAUCACAAGGCGGAUUAUUUGUCAGAGCUUUAGUUCAAAAAUGUAAUCUUACGAAUGUCGGUGCUGUUGUUUCUAUCGGAGGUCCUCAGCAAGGAAUCUUUGGUAUACCAAAAUGCACCGGUGAAGGUCUCAAUCAAGCCUGCUUGCUAAUGAACGAACUACUUUCCUACGGAGCAUACACUCACUUUAUCCAGAGUCAUGUGGUCCAAGCACAGUACUGGCAUGAUCCACUAAAAGAAGACGUAUAUCGACAAUAUUCACAAUUUUUGGCGGAUAUUAAUCAAGAAAAUGAAAUAAAUGAGAUUUACCGUGAGCGAAUUAAAAAUAUAAAACGGUUGGUUUUGGUGGAAUUUUUAAACGAUACAAUCCUUAUUCCGAAAGAAUCAGAGGACGUUUUACAAAGACAGCUGACAGUACAAGAUCCAGUGAAUUUCACACCACUUGACUAUGGAAUCUAUUUUUAUACUGAAUUCAGAUGUCAGCUCAGAAGAACGAACAGAAUUAUGGCAUUUAAUACUUACGAUUUUCUAAAGAAUUGCAUUUGGAAAUAAGGAUUCUCCAAAGGUCUGUAUAAAUCUUUUCAAAACAUCUAUAUUGUCCCGUAUUUGGGAUAAGUAAAGUGAUCUCUUCUUGGUGUACAUACCUGAACGACAAAAAGAGGGUGGGCAAACAAACCACUUUCAAGUAUCAUGUAGAUAUGAGAUAAGUAGUACAAAUUCCGUUGCUUGUGUAAUUCUGACAAGCUAUUGGUAUAAAGCCGAUCAGGUUUCUUGGGCUUCUGAUGAUUAUUUGUUGGAAUAUUUCUCGAAUCCUUCAUAGUGUACUCCUUCAAAAUCUGUAUAAUUCUAUCUAAUCUUUUUGUCACUUUUCGAGAAAGCAUUUUUUAUUUAUCAUUAGGGCAUUCUAAUCUUUAUCUGAUUUUAAUAUCACUAUCUAAUCGAUAUAUUUGAGACUCUUUAGUAUUUCUUAUUGCUCCUUCAGCGAAAUUCUUUAUUGUGGGUGUGAUGAAGUGGUUAGCAUUAUCCAUCCUAACUCUAGAUAGUUUAAACCAAACAUGAGCAUUCAGAAAUGCAUUAUUGUGAAUUUCGUCCUAUUACGAUGAGUAUAUUUUAUGUUUAUAUGAUCAUACUCACUUUGAACGAAGUAAAUUCAUGUUGUUAAUUUUUAUUCCUUUCCAUACCCCUACCUGACUAUUUUUUAAACUCUACCGAACUAAAUUAGUUAUCUCUUGAUUAAGACGUAUUAUUAAUUUUCAUCCUCUGAUCAGUUUCCAACUUGAGUUCAUAAUAUAGCAGAACGCUCAUUUAGACACCUGGGAGACAAUAAACUGAGAGAAAAAUACUAUCACACGUUCCUAACACUGGAAUAUUCUUGUUAUUACUUCUAUAUAUCCUGAUAAGCUUGAUAUCACCUUUUGUGAUUUUCGCUGUAGUAUGCAUCUUCACGAACAGUAAGUAACUAAGGUAUGUGAACAUUUUGUGUAUUAAUGUUUAAAGCCUUUCAGACUGUCUGAAAUUGACGACAAAGCUCAACGCAAUAAGACAGUAUCUUGUUUUAUGGCUCAGUUUGUUACUGUUGCACUGUUAAUAGGAAAGUAAUUCAGUUUUUACCAAAUGUAGAAAGAUGGAUGCAGAUGAAUUAAUCCUGUUCAUAUCAUCAUUUUUUAGAUUCUAGUAUAUGCAAUAGUUUGACCGAUUCCAUUUUGAUCAGUUCCUGAGUAAUUUUCCUCCCGUGACUAUGAAAGUAACAUCUUACUAUUCACACAACUUCACAGUAAGUGUUUAAUAUUCACAAGAGCAUAUCUCCAAGUUCUAAUUCUGCUUAGCAACUGUAUAAUUAGGAAUAAUUUUGAGAUUACGGAUGUUCAUUCAAGGUGCUUAUCAGAUAUUCUGAGGGAGCCGAAUUACAUAAGCUGACUCGAAUCACUUAUGGCUGCUAAAUAAUUCGGCAAAUGGAGACUGUUGAAUAAGUGUAGUUUUUAAAGAAUGGUGAAUAAUCUAAAAAAUAAAGUAAUUUUUCCCAUGUUUUAAUUUUAAUUUACAGUUGUUCGGCUUUUACCAAGGUGGUACAACAUCAAAUGUAACCAAACUAGAGGAUAGUCCUCUAUAUACUGAAGAUCGUUUAGGUCUUCAAACUCUUGACAAAAGAGGUGACUUACAUUUCCUAAGAAAAGAUGGAGACCAUUUAAAAUUCGAUGGGUGGUGGUUUUCCCAUAAUAUUGUAAUUCCUUUUCUGAAUUGAUUUCUUGUCAACUAGUAAAGAUGAACUUUAUUUUCAUAGAAAUUACUAAAGACCAGGUAACCUUCUGGAUGGUCAAUAACAGUUACCUGCUAAAUCAACCUUUCUUCUGACUGAUAUUUGAUAAACUUGAUUGUUUAUUUGUAAAUCAACUUUGAUAUCAUGCAAUAAAUUAUAUAUGUCC